GCUGUAGAAAGGCGGCGGCCGCCCCACCGCCCCCGUGUGCCGGUGCCGCCAUGGCCCCGCCGCCCGCGCUGCGACUGUGCGCUGCGUCGCUCGUCCUGCCGCUGUUGCUCCUCGCGGCCGCCGCUCAACAACGGGAGGCGGCGGGAGAAUGUCAGCAGUAUACAAACAGAAGCUGCGAAGAGUGCCUGAAGAAUGUCACUUGCCUGUGGUGUGCCAGCAGCAGGAGGUGUGUGCCGUACCCUGUCCGGAGGAUCCUCCCGUCUGCUGAUCUCUGCGAGCUCCGCUCUGCACGCUGGGGUGUCUGCUGGGUGAAUUUUGAAGCCCUGAUCAUUGCCAUGUCUGUGGUGGGUGGAAUGAUCCUCAUCAUGCUGGUUGUUUGCUGCUGCUGCUGUUGUAAGAAAAAGAGCAAAAAGCCAGACAAGGAGGAUGAACGAGCGGCCCGGGAGCGGGAGCGCAGGCGAGUGCGUCAGGAGGAGAGGAGAGCAGAGAUGAAGUCACGGCAUGAUGAAAUCCGAAGAAAAUACGGCCUGUUCAAGGAGGAGAACCCUUAUGCAAAAUUUGAGAACUAGCCUCUCUGGAUCUGUCACACCUGGAAAAUGGCGUCCUCCUUGUAGACCAACCUCACUCUGGGUCACUUUCCAGAAGACCCCUAUGGUGCAAUGUGCUGCCACGAGCCCUGCUCAGUGACUCCCCCAUUCCCCACUCCAGUUCUCAGCUUGCCCUAGGCUUUUGCUGCAGGGGCUGUGCUGAGGCAGCCAGCCAUCAGCUGCAGUGCUGGGCCAGGCUGAAACUUCAUUCUGUGCCUGAAAACUUGGUGGCAAUAGUGCUGGGCUUCACACUCCUCCUUAACCCAGCUGGGGGUGGCAGCCCAGCACAAUGCAACACGGUGCCUGGCUGAGGUCCUGAGUGGCCCAGCGUGUCUUCCUUCUCCUGCCUCAUGCAAAGCUGGGUAUUGUGCAGUGUGAGGCUGUUGUCUCCCUCUGUGUAGAAGUGACUCAGAGGGUGGCCUGGCUGUCUCCAGCUGCAUGUAUGUGCCCACAUACCAGCACCCCCCUCACAGCGCUGGUUUCUAGCUGCCUUGGGCCUCUGGGGGCAGGCCUACAUGCACAUUUCACUUGCAACUAAUCCAGGGUCCCUUCACAGCCCCUCUACCUCUGUGCCUUUCUUGAUCAUCUCUUGGGCUCCGUGCCUGUUACUGAUAGCAAUAUGGUAGGGUUCUGAUGCAUAUGCAGUAUGGUAAAGAUGUAUUAAAUGGAUUUGAUUACUA